AUGUCUUCCCCUUCGACGCCCGUCAUCCGCACCCCUCAGUUUGACGCGGAGCCUCUGGGAGUUCUUUUCGCGCCGGGCAUCCUCGGUCAAGUCCAGAUCGCUGCCGAGGCUCACGUCCCGGCCACGCUUGCCCACAUCGACGUGCUGCGCGUCGUACGCAACGCGCUUUCGGGCGCUAUGGUGCAAAUUGGCGACCGUGUCUUCGAGCUUGCGCUUGACGCGGACAAGGAGUACUUCAAUGCCAAAGAUCCCAAGAGCCGCUACUGGCGCAGUUGUCAGGCCGCAGCCGAUGAGCGCGCAGCAGGCAGAGUGCCCCUUGUUCCCGCAGUCGACAUUCUGGAGCGCACGUUUAGGUUCACCGAGCGCUAUGACUGCUCGGCUCCUGUUCUUGCCGUGCACCUUUCCGUCACCACGUUUGCGCCGGCCGGCAGCAACCAGGUGCUUGCGGCCGAAGCCGCGUGCAACGCCGUCAUCGACUACCGACGUGCUGUGCGCAGCGAGAUCGCCCGUCUUCGCGAUGCCGAAAACGGCCAGACCCACACGGCAAGCAGCAGAGCUGUGCCGAGACGCCCGCUGCUGUGCACGAAGGCGGCGAGCUUCGUGGCGACGCGGAAUUGGCGCACGGUAAACCCGAGCCGCGUGAGAAGGGGCUUCGAGUCCCAUCGCUGGUCGAUGGACGCCGCGGGCUCGCCUGACGGCGUGUCGCUCGGCCGUCCAGCGCGUGCGAUCCUUGUUGCCGAGCACCACCAGACCGAGCAAGACCAUGACGGCGUGGAGGCUGCUGGCAAGCGCCCCGCGAGUGCCAACAGACGCGGCGCUGUGCUGGAAUGCGCGGUCUUGCGGGACAUCAAGCUCGGCACGAUGAGCCAUGUCGGCUAG